CCAUAACCGACUCAGAGAUAGAUGGCUGAGAGUGUUUUCAUUGCUGAGCUGCUGCAACCAUUUAAACCUGUGUGUGAUGGGGUUAAGUGGCAGUGAGUGCUGAUAUGAGUCUGAACUUGGGCAAAUCUCCACAUAGGACUGGCAGAAGAUAUUACUCAAGGACAGGGGUUGUGAAAAAUGUCUGCGCUCUUGUCAGCAGAAAGUGUUUGGGCUGCUUCCCAAAGGGCACCUACAGUAAUCUCAGGCUGAACAUGGACAUUUUAAGGAACAUUGUGUGUCAGAAAAACACCAAAUUCAACAAAGUUUGGACAAAACACUCAAAGUCUUCCAUCAGCUACGUAAAUGGAAGAAUUUACCUGGCUAACUUCGGCUGUUGUUACAGCAGUAUUGCUUCAAAACCACAACAGUUGUACGAAAUGCCGAGAUGUUUAAAGUCAGAAAAAAUUGAAGAUGCAAUUCUGUGUGAAUGUCCAUUGGGGGAACCUCUCUCUCAAGUGUCUGAUUACACCUCUUCACUACUAGCUGUUACUGGUCACAACUGGCUGCUACGUAUUGCAGCCAACACUGGGGAAACACUGCAGAAGGUCUACCUUGGGUCAUACAGAAAAUUUAGGUACGUCACUUGGGAUGUUCCCCAGGAGACUCUGGUAGUGAAGUCUGUCCAAAGGAACUGUGUUACUGAAUCCCAACAGAGGGCGGUGUUGAUUUACUUUGCAGUUUUCAACGUUUUCCCUCUCUCAUUGGUGGGCGUUCUAGAGAUUGAUAAAAACGUUUUUGGAUCAAAUGUGACUGAUGCAAUGAUUUGCAAUGGCAUGGUGAUUGUAAUGCACAGUGCAGGCCUGGUCCGCCUAUACAGCUUCGAGAGAAUUGCUGAGCAGUGUAUGCAACAGAAAUGUGUCCUAGGGGAGAUCUGCACUUGGAAAGAUAAAAUGGGGACAGUUGGAGACUUUCCAUUUGGCAUUCCUUGCAACAUCACCUUGACAGAAAGACCCCCAAUUCUGUUUGAAGUGCCUUGUCUAGAAAAUGCCUUCCAAGUUGGUGGUUACCCCUGGCACUAUAUAAUUACACCGAACAAGAAGAGAGAGAGAGGUACAUAUCACAUCUGUUCCCUGGAUGACCACAGCCUGGCAAAUAAUGGAAUUCGUGAAAUGAAAUACUGCUCAUUAGAACCAGACUGGAUUCACUUCCACCCAGAUGCCUCAGAAAGAAUAAUUCACGUUGGACCUGAUCAGAUCAAUGUUUUGAGGCUGAAGGAGGUAGAAAAUGAUCCGCACAGAUAUGAGGUCACUGAGGAUUUCUCCAUUUUUGCAGUCAGAGACCCUGCGGUGAAUAAUAUGGUGACUGUGACGGCAUCCGGCAGGAGGGUGAAGAGGCGCUAUGAUAAACUGGACGAUGAUCCCGAACAAGAGACGUUCAAGGCCGUAGUGUAUGAAGAUGAGUUGGAUCUGCUGACUGUGGUGGCGGUGACUCAGAUAGAUGUACAAGGACGAGCACAUGUUGAUCUGCAUUGCAAUGACACAGGGAGGAUCCUGAAGAAGAUCACAUUGCAAGAAUCUUGGGAUGUGACUCACAGCCAUGCCUUAGUGUUUGAUCGCGACACUCUCAUACACAUAGAGGAGAGGCCCAACCGUAACUUUUCAUGCUACGUGUAUAAAAUGCACUGCGGUUCAGAGGAGUGAGGCAGGACUUCCUGAUAUUUGUAUCCGUUCAUUUCUAAAAAUGUUUUUCUACCAUCACAUUUUGUUUUGUACCAUUUGUUUUUAAAAACAAUAAAUAUAUAUUUUUGAAACAAA